AAAGAACGAUCGAAAAGAUCGUCAAAAUCGGCUACCAAAUUGUCAUCAUCAGAUGUACCGGUUAAUCGUGAAUUACUUGAUGAGUUUGUUUUUCAAAUGUAUUAUAAAUAUGUAAUUGAAGCAAUGGCAACGACAAAUGUUCUUGAUGAUAAUAAUGGUGAUGGAAAAAAAUUACGUCUGGACACAGCAUUAGCUAAAAGUUUGAAAAUUCGUAAAGAUAAAAGUAUUGAAUGUCAACUAUGUAUUGAACCUGUUCGAUUUGAAUCAAUGCUUGAAUUAAAUUUACAUAUGAAUGAUUGUCAUCCACCACCGCCAACAUCGUUACCAUUACCACCGAUAUCAACAACAGCAACAUCAACAACGACUGUUAUUCAAAAUCAACAAUCUACGGUAACGAAAAAUAAAAUCACAAAUCGUCAUUCACGUAAGAAAGGAUCGAAAAAGAAAAUAUCGAAUCAAACAAAUGGCUCAUCAAAUCAUGAUGAUAAUGUCAAUGUUCAGGAUGGUGAUCGCGAUAAAGAUGGUCCAGCCAAUUUGUUUAUUCAAUCUAUGAUUAUCGAACAAGUGAAAAAAAUGGCUGCAAAACAAAAAUCUCGUAAUAAGAAAAAUCAACAAACCGAUGAUAGUGAUGGAAAUCAAAUGAAUGACGUUGAUAAACAAGUGAAUUGUAUGAAAAAAUCCUCCAACGACAAUGAAUGCUCUGCUUAUGAUCAACAACAAAAAUUGCUUGAAACUUGUAUGUUUGAUCCGGAAGAAGGAUCUUUUGUUUUACCUGUUGAAAUUAUUCAACACCUUAUGAAUACGGAUAAUCCAAAUUAUUCAUGGGAACAAUUGGUCGUCGAUAUACAAUCGGGUAAUCUUAAUUUUAAUAAUUCUUUGGAAAAAGUGUUUGAUGAUGAUGGUGAAUGUGUCGAUUUGCCGGAUGAUUUCAUUGAUAAUGAUGAUGAAAAAUUGAAAUUAGAAGAAACGUUACAUCAAACCGAUAAAAUAUCUGGUACGAUUAAUGGUCAUCAUCCGAAUCAAACGGUUCAAAUCGAUUCGAUGGUUAACAUUGAUGAGCAAACAUUAAAACAAUCAAAAAUUCAACGACAACAUCAACGAAAUCAUCGUCGAUUAUUACGAAAAUUUGAACGUAAAAUUUCGCGUCUUUUAACUGAAAAGGGUGAUUGGAAAAAUGAAUCUGUGUGGUUGACGUUAAGAAAUCGUGUUCGUGAUGAUUUCAUUGAAUUGAUUCGAAAAUCGGCAAAUGGAUUUAAUGCCAAUACUAGUACUAUUACUACCACUACCACUUCUUCUGUUGCAACUAAUGAUGAUCCAAUUGUUACAUCCUCAAUUCAACCUUCAUUAUCAUCAUCACGACUGCCAGAGAUUCGAACCGAAUCAAAUAAUGAUGGAAAUCGAAUCUUAUCAUCAUCAUCAUCAUCGUUGAUAUAUAAUGAUCAUCAUAAUGAUAAUCAUCAUGAUCAAUGUCGACGACGACAAGAUUCAUCAACGACAUCAUCAUCACCACCACCACCAUCAUCGCUAGUACCACGACAAACGCAAUCAUCAGCAUCGAAACAAUUGAAAAAUGAUAUGGUCAAAUCAUUUUAUAAUGAAAAUGAUAAUAUACCACAGAUUUUAUGUCGCCGUUGUCAGAAUCGUAAUUCAAAUGCUAUAAUAUGUGAACAUAUUUCUAAAAUGGUACAUCGAAUUUUGAAUAAUCCAGUUUGAAUAUUUUAAAACUAUAUAAAAUAUACAUAUUCGAAUAAUGUAUUUGUAUGCAUGCCUAUAUUAUUAUUAUGAUGAUGAUGAUAAAUAAAAAUUUGGAUUGAAUAAAUUUGUUGUUGCAUUCC